AUGGUGCUCCCCGCCGUUAAACCAGACAUCAUGGCAGAGGCUGACGAACAACCCUCCAAGCGCCGCCGGCGCAGCCGUCGCGCUCCCUCCGAUCGAAAAUUCGAGUGUACUCAUGACGGCUGUGGCAAGAGUUAUUCGCGUGCCGAACACUUGUACCGGCAUCAGUUGAACCAUACUCCGAAACAAAUAUUUCGCUGCGAUUUUCCCAAUUGCUAUCGAUCUUUCGUCCGCCAGGAUCUCUGCAUCCGACAUCGCGAGCGGCAUACCACUCGAGGAUCGCAGCUACAGAAGCGCGACAGCUUCGCGACGGACAACCAUGACGAGAGUCCACAUAAAUCCCUGCUUCCGGCUUCCUCACCAUCAUCUCCUUCCAUGACGGUGGCAGAGUAUCCGUUCAUGACCGAUCCGCAACCACCCACCUCCAAAUCCCCUUCAGACACGGCGUACCCGCUGCCGACAUCGACCGCCAUCGACACGGCCGGCGUACCAGUGACUGGGUAUACAGAUUUUACUGGAGCUCUCAGUCAACCGGAAAGCAUGCUAGAAUUCGAUUCCAUGUCCAAUGCAUACCCCAUCUUUGGCGGGGAGACCUAUAAUAGAUCGCCGUUUGCCAUGGCGGACGACUUUGCGGCAUGGCUCUUCAGCGAGCCACUCGCACCGUUGGGCUAUGGGAUGAUGCCGAUGUUGCACAAUCAAUUCUACAUGAACGAGCCAGCGUAUAACAACUUCUGCACAGUCAUUCCACAGCACCCGAUGAGCGUGACGAGCAUCCUAGACUCGGGCUCACUGCCAGCAAUUAUUUCGGAGGAAAAACGCCAGGAGCUCCUCCAUCUGAUGGCCACCCGAUUCAAUGAAGCAGCAUACUCAGGAGACGCCACGAAACGCAAGGAUGCACUAAUGGAGGGCGACCUUGAUAACGAUAGGCAUGUCCUCAGUCUUCGCAUGAUGCAGACGUACAUUGGAUCAUAUUGGUAUCAUUUCCACGCCCAGAUGCCGAUUCUGCACCAGCCGACCUUUGCCGCCGAUAGAACACCGAAUUUACUACUGUUGGGGAUCAUGGCCAUUGGGGCCGCAACACUGGAUAAGAUACACGGACAAGCCGCCACGGAGACUGCUGCAGAAUUGGCCAGCUUUAUCGCAUGGCAUCUAAGGUGGGAGAUUUUUAUGGAUGCAGAUUUCCGGCCUCCUGCCCGUCUGUGGGUAUUCCAGGCCUUAUUACUCCUAGAGGUGUACGAAAAAUCCUUCUCUACGCGCGCGCUGCACGAGAGGGCACACAUCCAUCAUGAUACAACCUUGACAUUGAUGCGUCGGGGCAGCUCCCUCAUCGGCCGGUCCUCAUUUGACACACCCGAGUCGAAAGAGGAAGACGAGUCAUGGACACACUGGAUCAAGGCCGAAGCGACUCGGCGAGUGGCAUUUGCCGCCUUUGUGCUAGACUCUACGCAUGCUACGAUGUUUGGACACUCGGCGAAAAUGGUUGCGCAUGAGUUGCGAUUGCCGCUUCCAUGUGAUGAAGCGCUGUGGGCCGCGACUAGUGCUGCUGAGGUGGCCCGGGUUCAGGCCAGUUUACAGUCGCAUGGGGUCCGGCCGAUCAUGUUCCUAGAUGGGCUCAAGCGAACGCUCAACGGACAGGCCGUGCGAACCAACAUGUUCGGCCGAAUGAUUCUGAUGGCGGGUCUGCUGAGCGUUAGCUGGCAUCUAAACCAGCGAGACCUUCAAGCGAGCUCGCUCGGGGUCGGCCAAACGCUCGGUGGGCGGGAUAAAUGGCGGACCGCGCUGCUUCGAUCAUUUGACAAUUGGAGACGAGACUUUGACGAGGCCCUGGGCCCAUCGGCAUCGACUGAAAGCGAAUCACGCGAUGUCCUUCAUGGCCUCGCCCAUAUGGCCUCCCAUGUUGAUAUCGCCGAUCUUCAGAUCUUUGCAGGGGCCGGGCGAUUGAUGGGGCGGUCGAUCACCGCGCGCGAUUACAGCGCUGCACGGGAGAAGACUGACCGCUGGGCGACCAAGGCCACAGCCCGCGAUGCCGCCUUCUAUGCGCUCAAGUUCCUAACGACGUGCUUCACUGAACCGGGCGCGGAAUCUGGGAAUUACCUUGCGCGGGACGACUACUUAUUAAACCGGCCGUGGGUGAUGUACUUCGCUGCGCUGGUGGUCUGGUGUUAUGGCUUUGCACUCGAUGGUCCCCUUCGCCCACCACCUGUGCUGGUCACACUUGCGGACCGACGACGAGAUAUGCAGAAAUUUCUGCAGCGCGUGGGGGGCGUUCGUGAGCCCAAUGAUCUGGAAGGCAUGAAAGGCCGCAACGAGUGUCUGGGGAUGCUGAUGAUCUUGCGCGAUGCCUUUGCCAACCCACGAUGGGAGUUGCUGGGUGAAGCGGCGCGGCUGCUGGACAGUUGUAUUGCGAAGCUUCAGUCAUAA